CGGGUCCCCACUCGAUUCCUCUGGCGCCCUCGCCCUCAAUCUUCUGCCCCCAUCCAGCACAGGUCGGUCUCAGCGGACCAACGGACAGACGGACGGACGGACGAGAGGACGACCCGCUGGGACGCCCCGGCAGCAGGAGGGGCGGGGAGGCGACGGCUGCGGCUUGAGAAGCAGGAGCAGGUGCCGCGGCGACGAGCGGGCGGGGCGGGACGGAGCGGAGCGCCGGGCGGGGGCGCGGCGCCGGCUUGCGUGGGCCGGCUGGGAGCCGAGAGGCCGCGACUGUGAGUGAGCCCGGCCAGGUUGCGCUGGGGGCGAGGGGAUCUGGAGUGGAGUCGGGUCGGGUGGUGACUCUGGAGGGCGCACGGAUCCCAAGGAGACAGAAAGGACGAGAGCUGGAGGAAGAUCCGAUCAGCCGCGGGGGCGCUACGGAGGGUAGGGUAGAAAAGGGGGCAUACCUGGAGGCGAGACUGGGGGUCAUCAGAAUAUGAAGCUGGAGCUUGGAAGGGGGGCCGGGAGCAGAAGUGAGUGAGGCAGGAGAAAUGGCGGGGGUUGUGUGAGGUCUGCUGAGUUGGUAAGAUCCAGAAGUGUUAAGUUCCAAGGUAGAGGAGGUGGGUUGAGAAGGAGUCUUAGCGGGAGGCCCAGGGGAAGUCAACGGUGGGAGUUGAGCUGAGACCGAAGGCAAGCUCGGGAACAGAUGGGGUAGGAGGCUCACCAGGCGAGGCAGGUGGGCUGAGGUGUGAGGCUGGUUUAAAAAAGCAGGGGCCAGUUGGAGGUGAGGAUGAGUCUGGUUGGGGAGCCAUCUCCGAAGUGAGGCCAGCACAGACUGAGGACGGCCCCAGAGUGGAAGGGUUCCCCGGGGAGGAAACUCCACAGUGAGGCCCAAGGCUUGGUCAGGGGGGCGCCCCCCCAUGGGGGAAACCUCUCCCUGGUGGUUGCUGGAGCCAUGCUGUCCCGAAAAGGCAUCAUCCCUGAGGAGUAUGUGCUGACACGGCUAGCAGAGGACCCCACGGAGCCCCGAUACCGAGCGCGAGAGCGGAGGGCCCGCUUCGUGUCCAAGAAUGGCAAUUGCAACGUAGCGCACAAGAACAUCCGGGAGCAGGGCCGAUUCCUGCAGGACGUAUUCACCACGCUAGUGGACCUCAAGUGGCCACACACGCUGCUUAUCUUUACCAUGUCCUUCCUGUGCAGCUGGCUGCUCUUUGCCAUGGUCUGGUGGCUCAUCGCCUUCGCUCACGGUGACCUGGCCCCUGGCGAGGGCACUGCUGUGCCCUGCGUCACCAGCAUCCACUCUUUUUCAUCUGCCUUCCUUUUCUCCAUUGAGGUCCAGGUGACCAUCGGCUUUGGCGGGCGCAUGGUGACCGAGGAGUGCCCGCUGGCCGUCUUGGUCCUCAUUGUGCAGAACAUCGUGGGGCUCAUGAUCAAUGCCAUCAUGCUGGGCUGCAUCUUCAUGAAGACCGCCCAGGCCCACCGGCGGGCCGAGACCCUCAUCUUCAGCAAGCACGCUGUCAUCGCAGUGCGCCACGGCCGCCUGUGCUUCAUGCUGCGCGUGGGUGACCUCCGCAAAAGCAUGAUCAUCAGCGCCACCAUCCACAUGCAGGUGGUGCGCAAGACCACCAGCCCCGAGGGCGAGGUGGUGCCGCUCCACCAGGUGGACAUCCCCAUGGAGAACGGCGUGGGGGGCAACAGCAUCUUCCUGGUGGCCCCUCUCAUCAUCUACCACGUCAUCGAUGCCAACAGUCCCCUCUACGACCUGGCGCCCAGUGACCUGCAUCACCACCAAGACCUCGAGAUCAUCGUCAUUCUGGAAGGCGUGGUGGAAACCACAGGCAUCACCACCCAGGCCCGCACCUCCUACUUGGCCGACGAGAUCCUCUGGGGCCAGCGCUUUGUACCCAUUGUGGCAGAGGAGGACGGCCGCUACUCCGUGGACUACUCCAAAUUUGGCAACACCAUCAAAGUGCCCACGCCGCUCUGCACGGCCCGCCAGCUUGAUGAGGACCGCAGCCUGCUGGACGCCCUGACCCUCGCCUCGGCCCGUGGCCCCCUGCGCAAGCGCAGUGUGGCUGUGGCCAAGGCCAAACCCAAGUUUAGCAUCUCUCCGGAUUCCCUGUCCUGAGCCAUGGUCCCUUGGGCCCCCACGCUGCUUGUGUGCACGGGGGCAGUGUGGUAUGGUGUGUAGAGUGGACAUGGUGUGGGCCCCUUGACCAGGCCGGGACCUGGUGUGAGGCUGGGCCCUCUUCAGCUCAGCCUCCCCUCCUGCUGUUAGCCCAUGGUGUUACAGGGCACUUGUCACUACUCUAUUUCUGGCCUCGGCGGGAGCCUGUACUGGGUUAUUUUUGUCUCUGCUCUUCCCAGCCCCAGCUCAGGACUGGCUCACCUCCCUACCCCCCUCCCCGCCCCCGGGCUGGGGAAGCUGUGGGAAGUGUUGGACCCUAAAGUUGGGUCUCCUGCCAGCUCUGCAUCCCCGUGAUCAAUUGACCACAAGCUGGGCAGGUGGCUGGGGAAGAACAGUCCCCAGGUGGGCAACCUGCUGCUCUGUUUCGGUGGCCCCAAGAGAUGACCGGCCACUCUUGGUCCCUGAAGAAGUGUGGCCUACUGGGUGGGCCCUGCCAGCUGGGGAGGGCAGUCAAUGAAGGAGCGUAUUCCAGCUGGAGGAUUAGAAGUAGUGGAACCGACACAGACAGGGACAGGCCGAGUCUGCUAGGACUCCCCUCCCUAGGGCACGGAGGAAGUGGUGUGAGGGCACACAGCUAUGGUGAGCCCUGGUCAGGCACAGGAAAGAGGAGCUGGGCCCCUGUGCCCCCGCCCCGUGCCCUUACACCAAGACUUCUCUGGUGAGGGGCUGCUGUGCCUGCCUGCUCCCAUUCUGUCCCUGCCUCGGGAGGCUGGGACGGGCUCGGGCAGACAUCGAUGUGCCAAGCAGAAAGAGGCUGAGGAGACGGGGGCCUGCGCCUACCAUACAGAUUGAACUCUGGCUCUGGCUCCCCACCAGUGGCUGUCACUCACUGGCUGUCCAGAGGGUGUCUGUGGAGGGUCUUUGGGUCGCUAGAAAAGGAGAUGUUGGAAAGCUCACGAUGGUGGGGGUGAGCGAGGCCCCUGACGUAAAGAGGCCCUUAGUCCUCACGGGCUUGACCGCAGCCGGGGCUCCUGGAGCUGUACUGCGUGUACCUGCCCAGAUGCCGCCUUCUCUGUUGUCCAUAAAACCUCCCUACACGCUGGGCAGUUCUUGCUGGGGAGGGAGGGGGCACACUGGCGGACAGGGAGGGCAGGGGCCGGCCCACAUUCCAAAGGUGCCACAGAUCCUAGCCAGGCGGCCAGGAAAAGGACCUGGGGCCGACCCUGAUCACCCGGUUCAGGAGACUUUCACCUUUCUGCCUCAGGCAGCCCAGCCCUGCCAGUCCGUCUGAACAUAUCAGUUUUGGGGCACCUACCAGGCUUAUAGCCCUGGGCCUGGCCUCCACUCCGGGGAUCUGCUGGAAGGCUGGGGUGGUCAGGGAAGGGGUGGGGCCAUUAGAUGCAUUAGUGUACAGGGAUACUGCAAGUUUGGUUCCAGACCACCGCAACAAAACAAAUAGUGUGAUAAAGAGAGUCAAAUGACUAUUUUUUGGUUUCCCACCGCAUAUAAAAGUUAUGUUUACACUAUACUGUAGUCUGUUCGGGGUGCAAUAGCAUUACGUCUAAAAAAACAAUGUACAUACCUUCAUUAAAAAAUACUUUAUUGCUAAAAAGUGCUAA